AUGGAGAAGAAUUUGGGUUGUGCACCAGAAACUACAAAUGAAUCAGUCGUGCAUGUUUUGUCCCCUGAGAACUGUGACAUUGACAUUUUAGACAAUGGAAGGACCAUCAGUGAUUUCAUAGACAAUAAAAUAAAAGAGCUUGGUUCAGUGGACAAGGCAGAUCCAUUCUAUGUGGCAAACCUAGAUAGUAUAUAUGAAAGACACCUCAGGUGGCUUACUAACUUACCUCGAGUCAAGCCUUUCUAUGCAGUGAAGUGCAACAACACAGCAGCAGUUUUGAGGAUGAUGAGUGCUCUGGACAUAGGUUUCGACUGUGCCACCAAGGGUGAGAUCCAGCAGGUCCUGUCCCUCGGAGUAACACCUGACAGAAUCAUCAACGCACAUACAACCAAACCACUGUCGCACAUCAAAUAUGCCCGUGCUCAUGGAGUAGAUAUGAUGACUUUUGAUAGUGAGGAAGAACUCCAAAAAAUUUCUCUCUGUCAUGCCAAAGCCAAACUGGUACUCCGCAUCGCAGUGGAUGACACCAAAUCGCUCCGAAGACUCAAUUUAAAGUUUGGAGCCAAACUGGUGUCAGUUGGUAAACUGCUGGAACGUGCUGGAGAGCUGGGCUUAGAGGUCAUUGGGGUCAGCUUUCAUGUAGGCAGCAAGUGCACUGGAAGUUUGGCGUUCAAGCAGGCCAUUGCAGAUGCCAGACGUGUCUUUGACAUAGCGAAUUCGUUGGGCAUCCAGAUGAGUCUCUUGGAUAUUGGUGGAGGGUUCUCUGCGAUAGAGGACUUCUAUCUGAAAUUUGAAGAGUUUUCAGAAGUCAUUAAUGGAGCACUGGAUGAACUCUUCCCGUCUGACAGUGGGGUUCAGAUUAUUGCAGAACCAGGCCGGUACUAUGUGGAAGCAGCCUUCACACUGGCAGCGAACGUCUUUGCCAGAAGAGUAAUCUCAGAUGAUGUGGAAGAACAUAGCGACGGUGAGGAAAACAACCCUGGCAGAACAAUGAUGUACUACAUUAAUGAUGGGGCGUAUGGCUCGCUGAGUUGCCUUGCAAAUUUUAUUGCCCACGCCAAGGUUGAACCUUACCUUUACAGGGCUGUUGAGAGCAGCGAGCAGAGAUACCGGUCUACUAUCUGGGGUCCAACCUGCGACAGCUUUGACAAAGUCACCGACGACUUCUGGAUUCCUGAGUGUCAUGUGGGGGACUGGCUUCUCGUUGACAACAUGGGCGCAUAUUCUGUUAGUUUAGCCACCGACUUCAAUGGCUUUGAAAGAGCACACAUUUACCUUGUUGUGACAGCUGAGACAUGGCACGCCUUAAACCUUUCUCACACCUACAAUAUUAUCCAGUAAUGAUCUGGUAAUACUUCUGUAGGACAACAGCUCUAUACAAACAUGAACAAACUGGCAUUAAACAUCUGUCAUAGAUUGGUCAGUUUCAUAAGAGCAUUGUGAAUAUUCUGUCAUGUUAAUUAAUUUCACUACAUCUGCAAUCCACCAUAGGAUACUUUUCUUCCAAUUUAAGAUGACAUUUGUGUUAUAGUCAUACAGUUGAUAGCAUAGGCGUAGAUUUGGGUAAUCAGGGUCAGGGUGCUGCUGAAUUGUCGCUAGCAAUAUUUUAACAUUAUCUAACGAUCUUGUCAUUUUAAGUCCUCAUCCUCAUCGGUACAAGUUUACCAGGUUUGUUUUUUUCUGUAAAAAAAUUAACUACUUUAAUGAGAAUAAAAAGAUUGAAAUAUGGGGCAUACCUUACCUGGGGAUCUGGCAACCCUCAGGCUGUAAAAAGCAUUGUCGCUAGCUGUGACAGUAACGUCUAUUCAGUGACUUUGAAGCGGUUAGCAUUUAUAGAUUAAACGAUUCUGACAUACCAACUAAAAAUAAUUGAAUCGGUCAAUCGAUAUCACUGUUUAUUCAAAUUUCAGGCGUGUUUGCUGAUUUGUGUUUGCUUUGCUCAAUGUCUAGCAUUAACGUUUAUUAUCAUUGUUAUAAUCAUUACUAUCAUUUUUUCACAAGUAGAUCAAGAGUUGAAUUAUUAUUGAAAGGGUCAUUAUAACUGGGACAUUAUUAAGAUAGGUGUAAAGAUAAUUGGUAUUCCAAAUUAACAGCUUGUCCAAUUGACCGAUUAGUUUGUCAAUGUCAGGCACCUUCCAAAAUAAAUAUGAGUGGAAGUUUUUGAGAUGUUUUAAUGGUAUACCUUUAUUAGCUGCAAGUUGCUGAAUUUUAAUUAUUUUCUUGUAACAUUUAUUUUGAAAAUGUAUCAUACAUCUUUAUCCUUAAUGAAUGUUUUUCUGGAUGUGUAAUGUAAACAUUAUUUUGACUGCAUUAAAUUGAAAAGAAGUACAAAAUGAUGUGUGUUUGUAAAAAUAAUAAAAUGCAUUUGUGUUCCUUCAUCAUGUUGAUGUAUCUUUUGUGUGUGUGCGUGUGUGUGUGUGUUUGUGUGUGUGUGUGUACUUGUUUUCAUGACAAAU